ACCUCAAUGAGCCUCCACUACUGUCCGCAAUGUGGCGUAUGAGUAACGCAGCUGCUGUGAUGCACUCAAAUUUGCUGAUAUUUAUUUGGCGCCGCAAACUUUCAUUUCUGUUGCUGGCCUCUGGCCUCGUUUUGCUUGGACUCUGGACAUGGGCCAUACUUAUCGAUACAACAAAAGCACUGCCAGCGCUCACACAACAGGCUGACAGACAGUCCAGUGAGGCCAAUUAUCAGCACGUUCACAUCAUCCAGAAGCUGAUUGCCCAAGCAAAUCGUGUCCUGCGCGCUGAACGGCAAAAGGAUAACGCCGAUCGAUCACCGCCGCCGCCAGCACAGCGUCUAUUGGGCAACGUACGCUUUGUGCGUCCCACGCAAGCUAAGAAGGCGCCACUACCGCUGGCCGAGAGUUUUCUUUUCGAGCAGGAGCGCCUAAAAAUCCUUGAGCAGCAGCAACGACAGCGCAACGCAGGCAUGGAGGAAUUAAACGCCAAUGCUGAGGAUGAUCGCAUGCUCAGCUCGGCGGAGCGUCAGACCCAGUAUGAGCACGAGCUGCAACGCAUGGGCGUACCCACUGUGGCGGGCAUUGGUCCAGAUGGACCACGUGCACCAGCCGAGCGUCUGGUGCACUUGGAUCUCAAGGGUGCGCCUCCAAAAUUGAGUUUCCUCAAGCAACUGCUGCCCGUGCUGCGAGCUCUGGGUGCCACAGGACUGCUUAUCGAGUAUGAGGACAUGUUUCCAUAUAGCGGCGCACUGCAGCCACUUGCCGCACACAACGCCUACAAGGAAAGCGAAUUGAAGGAUUUUCUAGAGUCGGCAUGGGUUGAGCAUGGAUUGAGUGUUAUGCCAUUGGUGCAAACAUUUGGUCAUUUGGAGUACGCAUUGAAGCUUUUUGAAUUUGAGCAGCUGCGUGAGCUGCCGGAGAGUCCGCAGUCCAUUUGUCCCAGUCGCCCGCAGAGCAUGGCACUGCUGGAACAGAUGCUGACCCAGGUGAUUGAGCUGCAUAUGCGACCCUCGGCCAAUGCCACGCCCUCGACGCCAGAGCUGCCCAUUAAGUUUACCCACUUGCACAUCGGAUGUGACGAAGUGCAGCGCAUGGGCGAAUGCUCCCUCUGUCGCCAGCGACUGCGCAGCGAAAUCCUUCUAACCCAUGUGAUCAGUCUGGCACACUUUGUGCGUCGCCGUUGGCCGCAGCUGCACGUGGUGAUCUGGGAUGAUAUGCUGCGUGACAUGACAUUGAGUGAACUGCAGAACUCGCAGAUUGGCAGCUAUGUGGAGCCCAUGGUUUGGGUGUAUGCCAACGAUAUCUAUCACUUUAUUCAGCCACAGCUGUGGGACACCUACUCAAAGGUAUUUCCCAGCGCCUGGGCUGCAUCCGCUUAUAAGGGCGCAUUUGGGGAGAGUCUGUUGGUGCCGCCGCUGCAGCAGCAUCUGGAGAACAACAUACGUUGGCUGGCGGUGAUUGCGAAAGAGGGAGGCAGGUUUGCCAAAGGCUUGAGGGGACUGGCGUUGACUGGUUGGCAGCGCUAUGAUCACUUUGCUGUGCUCUGUGAGCUGCUGCCCGUGGGCAUGCCCAGCUUAAUGACGUCUCUGUCCACAGUAUCCAAAGGUUACUUUAGCACCAAUCCACGGGACAACGAAUUGUUGCGUGUGCUGCGUUGCGUCUUCCAGCCGGAUAGCCGGCGUUCCGGCCAUCCCUGGCUGGAAUUACAUCCAAAUGCUCAUCACAGUCAACUUUUUGCCGUGUGCAGCUAUCCGGGUCAUCUGGUCUUCAAGUACGCACUGCGCUUGUACGACAAACUGGUUGAAGUGGGUGCCUAUCUGCAGCAGACGCGGGAUCACAGUGCUUGGUUGUCGGACUAUAAUGUGAGGCACAACUUUAGUUCGCCUCUGCGAGUCCAUGAGUUGACAGUACGCACUCCAAUGCUGAUCGAGGAGCUACGUGUCAUGGCACGCGAGUCCCAGCAGCUGUUGUGGGAAGUAUAUGAUGAGCAUACGGUGGCUGAGUUUGUGGAACAGCAUAUUUAUCCCAGCAUUAAUGCGUUGCACCAACAGCUGUCCAGUGGACAAACGUUGCUCCAAAGACGCACUUGGCCCCAGCGACCAUUGCCCCUAUCCUUGGAGAUGCGCCAGGACAUGGGACUGAUCACAUUGGAGCAACAACAUGAGCAUCAGCCUCAGCAUCUGCACUGAAUUACUUUUUAUUGAUUGUUAAGAGUUAAGGAAUAAACAUACAUAUAUUGUAGAAAAGGCGUUUGAAACGCCGCCCUAGGCCAAAAUUGAUAAUAACGAUUAAUUCAAAUGUUAACAGCGCAGCGGCAUUUCUCGAUUGUAACUUGUAGUGAAAAACAUCAAAUGUUCAUUCUUUUCUAGCUAUCACUUUAUAAGCUCAACUAAUCGUACACUCAUGCAUUCAGAAUUCUACUAAUAACAACCAUUUACCAAAAUAAAUACGCAUACGAUAAAAAUA